AUGGGGUUUACCCGUCCAUUCGCUCUGCAGCUGUCAAGAAACUUGCGGGAAUUUUGCCGCCAGAGCCCUUUUCUAGAUAUAAAUAAUAGUCUUAUGCAUAAUAGUCUUCUUGGGUAUGCUCCUAUCAGAUGUGCUUCUCAACCCGCUCAAACUACGAUAAAACCCAACUACAAUGUUGGGACUAUAGGACACAUUGAUCACGGAAAAACAACGCUCACAGCUGCCAUUACUCAAGUACUUGCCAAACAAGGCCUUGCAAAGCCAGUAAAAUUUGACGAAAUUGAUAAAGCCAAAGAGGAAAAGAAGCGUGGAAUAACGAUAAACAUCGCACAUAUCGGUUACGAAAGCAAGAAUAGAAGAUAUUCUCACACUGACUGUCCUGGACAUUCAGAUUUUAUUAAGAAUAUGAUUUGCGGCACAGCUCAGAUGGAUGCUGCAGUAUUAGUAAUUGCAGCAACUGACGGAGUAAUGGCUCAGACAAAGGAACAUCUAAUCUUGGCUCGACAACUUGGCUUGAACCAUAUCAUAAUUUUCAUAAAUAAAUCAGAUUUGGUGGAAGAUGAUGUUUUGGAUCUUGUCGAAAUUGAAGCUAGGGAAUUACUAUCUGCUCAUGGUUUUGACGGAGAUAAUGCACCAGUUAUCCGAGGUUCAGCUUUGAAUGCCUUAGAAGGGAAAGACGUUUCAAGCAUAAUCAAUCUACUUAAAGCGCUCGAUGAUCUUCCGGAACCUCAAAGAAACGAGGUAUUUUCCUCGUCAAAUGUUGCAUUUAACAAAAUUGCAGGCACAGUUGUUGUCGGUACUGUUGAGCAAGGAACGCUCAAGAAAGGUGACAAGGUAGAAAUAAAAGGAGAUGAUAGGGAAGUCUCAACCGUUGCAUCUGAUAUACAA